AUGGCUCCAACAAAACUCAUCUCAUGGAAAACCGCUCUACUUGGUUGUUUCACAAGCCAAAAGGUUCUCUUAGACCCGCAGGCUCUUGUGUCAAAAUCGCGUAAGUCACAGAGAUUAUGUAUGUCUGAUGUUAGCUCAUCACUUUUCAUCAUCAAUGGUGUUUCGAAUUCUAUGGCUGUGUGGGACCUUCACGAAUUCGCUCUCGCGGAACUUACGAUGAUUACACAUGAUUUCGCAUCUAGUAGUUAUCUCGGUGAAGGUGGGUUCGGAACGGUUCACAAGGGUUUUGUAGAUGAUGAACUUAGACCGGGUUUAGAGGCUCAACCGGUUGCAGUCAAGCUCUUGGAUUUAGAUGGUGGUCAAGGUCACAAAGAAUGGCUGACUGAAGUGACGUUGUUGGGGCAAUUGAGGCAUCCGCAUCUUGUGAGGUUGAUUGGUUAUUGUUGUGAAGAGAAGAAUAGGCUUCUCGUUUAUGAAUAUAUGCCAAGGGGCAAUUUAGAGAGACAAUUAUUCACAAGCACUAGUUUUGGAGUAUCCGUUGAAAAGUGCUCAAAACGAAAUGGUUUUGAGGAUAUUUUGCAAUUUGUUUUGAACAUUUUGAGUGUCUUAUCCGAUUUUUACAUCUAUAGACUACAUAGACACAAGACUAACCAUCCAACCAAACAUGAGAUUAAUUUUAAUUCCCGGAAAAAAGAACACAACACAUAUUUAGUUCGCAGUCCCAAUGUGAAUUGUGAAAUUGGCAAGGACUGCAAAAAUGGGUAUUCAAGUUCAUUGUCAUGGUUAAUCAGGAUUCAGAUAGCACUUGGUACUGCAAAAGGUCUCGCCUUUCUUCAUUGCCAGGACAGACCUGUCAUUUAUCGCGACUUCAAAACUUCGAAUAUUUUAUUGGCAUCGGAUUAUACUGCUAAACUAUCGGAUUUUGGGCUAGCGAAAGAUGGGCCUGAAGGUGAUGAGACGCAUGUGAGUACACGUGUCAUGGGGACACAAGGAUAUGCGGCGCCAGAGUAUCUUAUGACAGGCCAUUUGACCACCAUGAGUGAUGUGUAUAGUUUUGGGGUGGUUUUGUUAGAGCUGCUAACGGGCAAAAGAUCGGUGGAUAAAAAACGACCAAAUCGUGAGCAGUGUUUGGUGGUAUGGGGAAGGCCGCUUUUGAAAGAUUCUAAUAAUCUUCAUAGAAUUAUGGAUUCUAAACUCGAUGGUAAUUUUCCAGUGGAAGGGGCAAAGAAGGCGGCAGCACUGGCUAGUCGAUGUCUGAGCCACCGCCCAAAAUGUCGUCCUACUAUGACGGAAGUUGUCAAGACUUUGGAACAUAUAUUGGAAUUAGGCGAUUUCCAAGUUGAUUGGUUUGUGUAUAUUACUCAUGAAGGAGAAAAAAGCGAACAAAGAGAGAAAAAGGAAGAUAAGGGUGUUAUUGGUAGCGGUAGUUCCGGUGAUGAGGAGAAGGUGGUGGUGGUUGUUAAAAAGAAAGAUGAUGAAUGUUACUAAUUCAACCCCUAAAUAGUUGUUUUAUGUGUAUUAGUAGGGCCAUAUGUGAGUGUAGUCCAUACAAAUAAAUAACCACUCCCAUACCCCCAACCCAAAUAAAGCGUGGAAUUGUUAAAUUGUUAACUUUUUACUUUUAGGUAGUUUUUAA